AAUCUACAGUAGAUAUUUAAACUUUAAACUCAACAGAACAUUCUGUAAAAAAUAAUAAAAAAUGAAAUUGAAAUUCCUGCUGAUAAUAUUGAUAAUCGCUUGCAUUACGGUUGCCGCUCUGGGUUCACCAAGAGGUGGUGGCGGCGGAGGUGGUGGUAAUAGUGGCGGUGGUAAAGGUGGAGGAGGUGGCGGUAAAAGCGGAGGAGGUGGCGGUAAAGGUGGAGGAGGUGGCGGUAAAAGUGGAGGAGGUGGCGGUAAAGGUGGUGGAAGUAGUGGUAAAAGUGGUGGAAGUAGUGGUAAAAGUGGUGGUGGUGCAAGCAAAGGUGGAAGUGCAGGUGGUGCAAGUAAAGGUGGAAGUACAAGUGGUGCAAGUAAAGGAGGAAGUCCAAGUGGUGCAAGUAAAGGGGGAAGUGUAGGUGGUGCAAGUAAAGGUGGAAGUGUAGGUGGCGGAAGUAAAGGUGGAGGUAAUUCCGUAUCCGGCAGUAAUAACCAUAACAAUCACCAGACGAAUGUUAAUGUCAACGUUGUAAUUGGCUAAAGUUAAUGAUUAAAUAUUGUAUAUAUUAGUUAUAUUAUUAUUUGCUAAAUUAAAAACAAUUUACAUAGGCCAACGAAA